AUGUCUCUGAUUAACUAUCGAUUCGCCCUUACAGCUUACCAAAGGUUCCAGUCAGUCACCUAUGUGUCUCUAAAUCGUCACUAUGGAAGCUCACCAACACCAUUGGAAUGUUUUACAAAACUUCAAGAGAUAGCUGAUCAUUGGCCUUGUGAUACUUGUGGUAGAAAAGUGACUCUAAAAGAUGAAAUCAAACGUCGUGCUACUGAAUUCCUUUCUAAACCAAUGCAAGAAAUAGAUGCUAAAUUUUGGGAAGAAGAAUGUCAAAGUUUGUCUCGUAUUUUUAAUAACCAUUAUCGAGAUAUCUAUCGACCUCCUUCCGUUCUUCGUGAUGGUUGCACUGUACCAGGAAGUUCAGUUAUAGCUGCGACCGGAGCUGAUCUGAUGGAAUGUAGAAGAAUUCUUUGUGAUCGCGAAGAUGGAGACAAAAAACUUUCUUUAUAUCAACGCCUUAUUGAUAAAUUAUUUUACUAG